AGGGGCCCGGGGCAGGGAUUCGCCCGGCCUUCCUCGCCGCCGAGCCCCCAGCCCCGCACACGGGCUCCAGAGGGGCGCGAGCCAGGCCUCAGGCAGCGCGGGGCGCAGACCCGCCGGCGCGGGGAGCCGCGUGGGGUGGGGGCCCGCGUGCCGAGCGCUGUCCCCGGGAUCUGGGUCACAUCUCCCGGCGUCUGUCCGGCGGGAUCGAAGGAGAGCUCGUCCUCGGGCUACAGCAGCAGAGAUUGAGAAAACGGACCUUCGAACCAUGACGAACCCUGCUGUUGGGGCAGGGUGACCCCCCAUCAGUGAACAACAAUCCCUUUGAGACCCCAUGACUUCCUCUCACCAUGGAGCUUGUAUUUGAUGCAGAAAGACAGUGUGUGAUCCAUUCCUCCCUCUGACCCUCACCUGGCAUUCCAUGGCCAUACCACCAUCUGAUUCUAUGUCCCCCAAGUCCCGGGACCCUCCCUGGCCCCAUGACCCCUGACCUUCCAAGUGACCUCCCUGGACCUUAACCGCUGUGAAUAUUCUUUCCAUUGUCCCCUUGACCCUGUCCCUGGCUCCCCUUGGGCGUCUCAUUUGUCUGGGGCCCCACAGGAAGAUGUGGGGGAGGCUCUGGCCCCUCCUUCUAAGCUUCCUCACAGCCACCGCAGUGCCUGGACCCUCACUGAGGAGACCUUCCCGAGAACUAGAUGCCACUCCGCGGAUGACCAUUUCCUAUGAAGAACUCUCUGGGACCCGACACUUCAAGGGCCAGGCCCAGAACUACUCAACACUGCUUCUGGAGGAGGCCUCGGCCAGGCUACUAGUGGGAGCCCGAGGUGCCCUGUUCUCUCUCAAUGCCCAUGACAUAGGAGAUGGGACCCACAAAGAGAUCCUCUGGGAAGCCUCCCCAGAGAUGCAAAAAAAAUGUCAUCAAAAAGGGAAAAACAACCAGACCGAAUGCUUCAACCAUGUGCGCUUCCUACAACGACUUAACGCCACCCACCUCUACGCCUGUGGCACUCACGCCUUCCAGCCCCUCUGUGCAGCUAUUGAUGCUGAGGCCUUCACCUUGCCAGCCAGCUUUGAGGAGGGGAAGGAGAAGUGUCCUUAUGACCCAGCCCGAGGCUUCACAGGCCUCAUUAUUGAUGGAGGCCUCUACACAGCCACACAGUAUGAGUUUCGAAGUAUUCCUGACAUCCGCCGGAGCCGCCACCCACACUCCCUGAGAACGGAGGAGGCGCCAAUGCACUGGCUUAAUGAUGCAGAGUUCGUGUUCUCUGUCCUGGUGCGGGAGAGCAAGGCCAGUGCAGUGGGUGACGAUGACAAGGUCUACUACUUCUUCACGGAACGUGCUGCUGAGGAGGGCUCCAGCAGCUUCCCUCAGAGCCGCAACAGCCACCGUGUGGCCCGUGUGGCCCGGGUGUGCAAGGGAGACUUGGGAGGGAAGAAGAUCCUACAGAAGAAGUGGACCUCCUUCCUAAAGGCGCGUCUCUUCUGCCACAUCCCGCAGUACGAGAUACUGCGCGACGUCUGCAGCCUGGAUGCUGAUGCAUCAGCCCACACACACUUCUAUGCGGUCUUCACGCUGACCACACAGUGGAAGACCCUGGAGGCCUCUGCUAUCUGCCGCUACGACCUGGCUGAGGUGCAGGCUGUUUUCACAGGCCCGUACAUGGAGUACCAGGAUGGUGCCCGGCGCUGGGGCCGCUAUGAGGGUGGGGUGCCAGAACCGCGGCCUGGCUCAUGUAUCACAGAUUCAUUGCGCAGCCGGGGCUACAACUCAUCCCAGGACUUGCCCUCUCUGGUCUUGGACUUUGUGAAGUUGCACCCACUGAUGGCUCGGCCUGUGCUGCCCACACGUGGACGACCCUUGCUGCUCAAGCGCAGUGUGCGUUACACACACCUCACGGGGACACCUGUCCCCACACCUGCUGGGUCCACCUAUGACCUGCUCUUUCUGGGCACAGCUGAUGGCUGGAUCCACAAGGCUGUGGUCCUGGGCACUGGGAUGCACAUUAUUGAGGAAACACAAGUGUUCAAGGAGCUCCAGUCUGUGGAGAAUUUGGUCAUCUCUCUGAUGCAGCACAGCCUCUAUGUGGGGGCCCCCAGUGGAGUCAUCCAGCUACCCCUGUCCAGCUGUUCCCGCUACCAUUCCUGCUAUGACUGCAUCCUGGCACGGGACCCCUACUGUGGCUGGGACUCCGGCACCCAUUCCUGUGUGGUGGCCACCAAUAUCAGCAACAGGCCCCGGAGUAGCAGAACUGCACUGAUCCAGGACAUAGAGAGAGGAAACCGAGGCUGUGAGGGCUACAGGGACACAGGGCCACCACCGCCACUGAAGACCCGCUCUGUGCUCCGGGGUGAUGAUGUCCUUCUGCCUUGUGACCAGCCAUCCAACUUGGCUCGGGCCUUGUGGCUGUUCAACGGGAGCGUUGGCCUGCGCGACGGGCAGGAUGGCUACCGUGUGGGUGUGGAUGGGCUACUGGUGACGGACACACAACCUGAGCAUAGUGGGAACUACAGCUGCUAUGCUGAGGAGAACAGCCUCCGCACCUUGGUGGCCUUGUACAGCCUCAAGGUCCGGCAGGUUACUCCCGCCCCAGCCCCACAGGCCCCUGCCAUACCCGGGGCACAACUGGCACCUGAUGUGAGGCUGCUCUACGUGCUGGCCAUCGCUGCCCUGGGUGGACUCUGCCUCAUCCUGGCUUCCUCCCUCCUCUAUGUGGCCUGUCUUAGAGGGGUUAGAGGAGGAGGUCGGCGACGGAAAUACUCUCUGGGUCGGGCUGCCCGGGCAGGGGGCUCUGCCGUGCAGCUGCAGACAGUCUCCGGCCAGUGUCCAGGAGAGGAAGAUGAUGGUGACGAUGGGGAGGGGGCUGGGGGCUUGGAAGGCGGCUGCCUCCAGAUCAUCCCUGGGGAGGGUGCCCCAGCACCACCACCCCCACCUCCACCCCCACCCCCCACCGAGCUGACCAAUGGGCUAGUGGCCCUGCCAAGCCGCCUGCGCAGAAUGAAUGGCAACAGCUACGUGCUUCUGAGGCAGAGCAACAAUGGGGUGCCAGCAGGGCCCUGCUCCUUUGCUGAGGAGCUCAGCCGAAUCUUGGAGAAGAGGAAGCACACACAACUUGUGGAGCACCUGGAUGAGAGCUCUGUCUGAGCCCUGCCUCCCAGGACCAAUGCUCUUCCAAGCCAGCCUGUCUGCCCCAGACUGGGCUGCCGCCUCCCGACAACUCACCCUUCAUCCUCAGCCCGAACUUCAUGUCCUACUCCCAACUUUUUGAUCUUCCUGCAGGGCUGGCCAGUCAGGCCCAGCCAGAACCCCUUUCUCAGUUUCCAAACACCCAUCUGUGAGCAGCCCAGGCCAACCGGUGCUCCUCAGAGGUAUGUGCUCCCUCAGCACUAGUGCUCUGUAGACCCAGCCUAGUUCCUGUUCCCUCCACCUAAUUGUUGGGGCAGAGUUGUGCGUGAGGGUGUGGCAGGUGGAGGUAUGUCAGCUUCUUGCUCCUUUCAUCUGCCCCAAAGCUUCCUCUUUCUCCCAGGCAGGGCUCUGCAGGUCCAGAUGGUCUCAAUGUCACCACUGUGCUGUGUGGACCUCUGUGCUGGAUGGUCCUGAGCAGACAAGGCGUCACCCAACCAUCAGAGUCAUCUGAGCCAUGCGUGCACCCACAUGCGCACAGGGAGAAGAAUGUCUAUCAGCUGGGCUGCAGGGUUCCCACUCCCACCUCCUGGUGCAUUGUUUCUUGUCCUUUCUCCUGGAUUUUGGGCAUCCUCCCAAAUGCUACACCCCAUCCUAUCUGGUCUUCUAGCCUCAAACCCAUGUGGUGAUCUCUUUGGCAAAACUUGGGAACAGGAGGUAAGACUGCAGCAUUCCCCUCUGAGUCAGUGUCCCCGACCCUCCCACUCACUCUGGAGAGAACUCACUUCAGGCCCCCUCCUCACGCUCAUGUGCUUCCCUUCCCACUCA